UGAUUUAUCGUCCAGCGGGAGGUUCCCGUGAGAGAGUCGAUCGAUCGGGAGCACGGCCUGUCCGAUCCACCGUCGUGCCGCGAGAGAUCAUCGAUCGAUCGACGAGAAUCGAGUUGUCCCUCGACUCGUAUAAAUGAGAUCCCGUCUCCAAAUGUUUCGGUAGUGUCCGCGAGAGCAGAGGGUUUCUGUAGUGUCUCGCUCGCUGUCGAGUCUCCAACAUUUGCACGAGAGAUCGAGUGACCAUGUGUCAAAGUUGCGCACCGCCGAAACUGCGCCGGACGUAUUCGACCGGAUUGGUGGUGGUCCAGGUUCUGGGCAAACCUCCGAGACCCUGCGCAGGCGCAAAGAAUUCUUCAACAGCAGCAGCAGCAGCAGCAACAGCAGCAGUUACUUCUUGUUCCGCGUCUUCUCACUCGCAGCGUUCUGUUGAGAGGCCGGUGAACGAGAAUCGGAUCAAGGAGGAAAAGCAUGACAGAGCAAAUUGUACCAAAGCAAGCCCUCUACGAGGCCCGAGCUGGAAGUUGUUUGCUGGAGGUGAGCAGACUCGUCUUGCAGACGGCGAGGUAUCAAAUUCAACCUCUGUUGAAUUCGAUUGCUCUACUGAAUCAGAAAUGAGGAGUGUGGUUGAUCUUCUGCAGCUGUUUUGGACUUGAGUUGGAAUGUUGGUGACACAUUUUUUCACCGUACUCACGAGCAAGUUCGAACGCAGUCAACAUUGUUUGCAAGCACUGCGAGCAAGUACAGGGCUUGUUGGUUUGAGCGGAGAUUUUGACUCCCUGUAUGUUGCGAAUGUCAAGGCAGGAGAUGCAUGGCAGUUAUCAUGACAAGCUGCACUUAAACCUGUCACGAGAGUUUGGAAUAUGGAAAACAAUUGUACAGAGCAACUUUAGAUUGCACCGUGUUUAGAAAUGUAUAUUCGAAGUGCGCAUGGCCGAGGCUUGAGGUCUGUCACGCAGCUGGGAGGAUUUUGCCCUGCAAUCCCCAGGCUUUGGGUGAUCUUUUCAUAGUAUGAGAGAGCCCAAACUCAUUCGCUUCCACUAAAUUCGCAGAGGUAGAAUAGGUUCGGAAUCUACGGGAAAUCUCCCUUUUCUCGCCUCUGUAACCCUGAGGUUCGAGAAUUGUACAGAAUGUUGAGUAAAAGGCAGACUCGAAGUACACCUUCGUGAUCAAUUUAGUUAAUUGAUCGUGCUUUGGCUUAUGAAAUUCUAGUGGACAUGCUGCCGGUGAUUGGCUUGAGUCAACGGGUCCUGAAAGUGAGAUUUCCACCAUACGCCUCUUCGUAUGUUGAUCUCUGAGGGUCUCCACCUAUUUCAGUGCCUGAUGCUCGCAAGUCAUAUCUGCUCUUGCAAUUUAGCCAUGGUGAGAGAAGCCUCAUCUCCGUAGGUGAGUGCAAUUUGUGAACGAAACGAGUUUGCACUGAUCACAAAGUUAUGUGAAGAAAAUCAUUAGGCUACUCUUCUUCAACAGCAAGAAUUGGCAUACUCUAUUAAAUCGGCUGAGGCAUUUUAUCUACACUACCUAAUUGUGGACAAGUCUUGAGAAGGACUUCGCAACAUGUGCAGAUAUUGGUUACUGCCAAUCACGAUAUUCUAAUAAACGAGAAUGGAAAUAGAACA